AUGCGUCUCACUUCUUGUUGUGUGUUCAGAAAGCGCGCAAAAAAGAAAUCCAAAUCAUCUGAUAAAGGAACUAAAGUGAAGAAGUUCGCUCCCGAUCACAAGAAGCCGCUAAUAGUCGCGGGCAAAGGCAGCGGCGGCGAUGAGGCCGAGGGCGACAGCAGUCACUCAUCAUGCUCCUUCAAUCCGGCAACGGUUUCACAUCCGGUGCUCCAAGGCGGAGACUCUUGCUACUCCUCUUCGGCCGCUUCCUCCCCACUGCCACCCCGGUUAGCGGUUCUCAGUCCCGAUGCCGGGUACUAUUCGCCAGAAACGACGCUCAACCGCUCGGAAACGGGUUUCCAAGAAGGUGACUCGGUGGAAUACGUGGAAGCUAAAAGCUACUUCGCACCGAGUUUCAUCGCGAAGAGGAGACCGCUGAGUGGCUCGUUACUCUCCUUGACAAACUCUUCGGAUCAAAGCGAUACUGCCGACAUAGAUUGGGCUUCGCGACUGAACAACGGAUGGCUACUCCCUUUCGAUUUUGAAACGCUUCCGCAGAAAAUCCCUUUCGGUGCUCAGAGAAUUCCGAGUAGUGUUCCCUACAGAGAUUUACCGAUUGUCAAAGAUGAGAAAGCAGUGCGGAGCAGCACCCCCGCAAGCAUGGGUCCGUCGAUGGUCUACCAGCGUCGGAGGUUGCAGAGAUCCCCCUCGAUCGAUGCGCUGACGAAGUCGAAGGGCUGUCGGCAUCGCGACGCUCUCAGUGAAUUUCUUGAUCUCUACUCGAGUCUCGCUUUGGACGAAGAUGAAGACCUUCUGGUGCGAGCGGAGCGGAGGGAUCUGCCGGAGGAGUUCCAGAAGCGUUGGAGCUCCAGGUCCAGCGAGCAGUCGAUUUCGCCCUGUGAGUCUCCAAGUAGAAGACGGUCGAGAGCGCCACCAAUGAGACGAUCAGCCAUUCCCGAUCGAAUCCUAGAUGACUUGGCAGUGCGUCGGUUCUCGGCCCAAGAACGCCUUGUUCCGACCGACUACGAGCCGCGCACUCCCGACUCGAUCCCCCUGCCGAAAGGCCAUAACCUGCCGCAGCAAAGUUACCUCCAAUUGAGCACGCUGUACACCCCACCCAUGGUGUGUCCUUGCGUGGGGCUGAUGAACAUCUUCAACGAGCCCGACGUCGAAAAGGAUGACGUGCAUUAUAGGCUCAUGAAACAACAACAGUGGAAGCGCCCGGAAGAGCAGCCUCCUAUGGGUAUCCCGCUCCAGAGCCCGAUAUCUCAACUCACCAGGAGCCACUACCUGACGGCCAGCAAGAGCGAAAUGCGGACAAAGUACAAUACUCGGCCGACUUCCACGGCCGAUCCGGUUCAGGACGACAUGGCUGUCCGCAAGCUUAGGAAAGACACUUUGGACGUUUCGAAGUUUACCCAAGUCACGCGAGUUUGAGCUCAACGUUCGCUUUGAUGGUUUGAGAGUUCCUGCAUGUGCGAGAAUGGAUUUGGGUGCAUCUUGUGCCAUGCUGUACUUUUUUGGUUCAGCAAGAAUCAUUUAUACACAUUGUUGAGCAAAGGAAUUCGUAUUCGGAUUCGCC